AUGGAUGCCCAGAGACCAUUGCCGGUUGUCCUUGGCGAGGACCUGCCACAAUAUGACAAUCAAUUGUUGUCUACCGUUAUUAAUAAACUGAUAAUAUUUGAAAAUGAAUUAAUAAAAUCUCAAAUUGUUGCAUGUCAAUGUCGGGAAAAUGCCCCACUCUACUUAAUCCAGUUGGCCACUCCCUUCCUGGCUGAGACUGAAGGGAGUAUUGUCAAUGUGUCCAGCAUAACUGGCACUCGAGCUGUAAGUCCUCUCCCUACUCUCCAGUUCCCCAAUGUCCUCUCCUACUGCAUCUCCAAAAGUGCCCUCGACCAACUCACCAAGUGUGCUUCCCUCGGUAGAUUCCCCACUCACUCCAUAGAGUUGGGUCCCCGCCAAAUCAGGGUCAACUCUGUCAAGAUCAUCCUCACACAACUCCACAGGUCUUCGGGCAUUGAGGAGGAGGCCUACCAGCAAGUACAACCUCAGUCAUAUUCACAGUUCCUCGAACGUGGGAGACAAGUCCACCCUCUUCGUAGAAACGGACUGCCCGAGGAAGUAGCGGAGGCAGUUCUCUUCUUGGCCGACAAAAACAAGAGCGGGUUCAUCACCGGAGAAUUGCUGCAUGUGGAUGGGGGUAAACAUGCUGUGUGUCCUCGAUAAGUCACUCUUUCUUUUCUACUAACAUAUUGGCAUUUCUUCAAAUAUUUAAGUUUUUCUUAAUUGAUAUG